UGAAAGUAUAUGAGAAAAAAAUGACCUUGGUAAAAAUUUAAAUGGUCAAUCCAACUGGGGUCCACUUUGUGGUUUUGGGCCACAGCAUUGGAGGAAGACGAAGCAAAUUCAAAAGAGGUGGGGAGUGGCGUUUCUCUGUUGAAAUCUGCGUUACAGAUUCAAAAACGCAAAAAGGAGAAAAAGAAAGAGACACAGCCGAAAGGCUCGUCCUUCUUGAAUUUUGAAAGAGAGACGCUCGCUUCACUCUGUUUCGGCAGUUAGCGUUCUUUAUGUCGCGUGGGUUUCUGGGUUUGAAGUUCUUGAAUGGAUGAGCUAUCUCCCAGUUCUUGUUGACCCGACCCGGAGUCGCGAUUCAGCACCUCCACUCAGUGCAGAAGAGACUUAGCCUAUAAAGUGCGCAGCCAGAUUUUCAGUAGGAGAGUUUUCAAGUUUUAGGGUGAAAUGGCUUCAAGAAGUGAAGGUGGUGUGGCCAGAAUUCAGGAAGGACUCCAUUCAAAUGUGACACCGAAAGAUUGUCAGGUCAAUGGACAAAGGGCCUUGAACAUUUCAACUUCCAGAAAGGGACUACUGAGUGAUAAAAUUCCUAAAAGAGGAGGCUUCUUUACUUUUCCCACUCCCAGCAAAUUCGGCCUUCUCAAGUUUGGUUCAGCAACCAAUUUAGCUUCCCCAUCGGCAAAAUUCAGGAAAGUAGCCGACGAAAGAGAUGAAGAAUCGCAUUCCACCCAUUCUUCAACCAGCCAAGGUCUCCAGCAGCAUUUCGGUUUGAUCAUUUCUAGUAAGUUGGAUUGGAGAUCUCUUGUGAAAAUGUGCAAAGACUACGCAAAUGACCCAUUCCACGCUGUCCUCCUUUUAUGGAUAGGUUGUGUUGCUAUAUCGGGAGCUAUUCUUUUUCUAGUUAUGACAGGGAUGUUAAACAGCUGGUUGCCGAAAAAAUCGCAGAGAAAUGCAUGGUUCGAGGUUAACAAUCAAAUCCUCAAUGCUUUGUUUACACUCAUGUGCCUGUACCAGCAUCCUAAGCGGUUCCACCACCUUGUUCUCUUGAGUAUGUGGAGACUAAAGGAUGUAUCUGCACUUAGGAAAGUCUAUUGUAAGAGUGGCACCAUUAAACCCCGAGAACGGAUUCAUAUGAUGGUGGUGGUUGUGUUGCUUCAUGUGAACUGUUUUGCUCAGUAUGCUCUAUGUGGCCUCAACUUGGGUUACAAAAGAUCCAAGCGUCCUGCAAUUGGCGUGGGUGUGUGCCUCUCUGUCGCAAUUGCUUCUCCUGCAAUUGCCGGGUUGUAUGCCAUCCUUAGCCCUUUAGGGAAAGAGUACGUAUCAGAAGUUGAUGAGGAAGCACAAGAUGGAGAUUUGACUUCCAGUUCUGCUCACCCGGGCGAACUUAGAAGGAAGUCAAUAGAGAAGAGAUUGUCAUUUGCAUCCAAGAACGAGCACGGGAUCAUCGAGUACACGCCUGAAUGGAGAGGGGGGUUAUUCAAUCUGUGUGACAAUUCAGCAGUUGCUUAUCUCUCUCUCUUUUGUAGCUUCUGCAUCUUCGGUUGGAAUAUGGAAAGGCUCGGGUUCGGGAACAUGUAUGUCCACAUUGCAACUUUCCUCCUUUUCUGCAUUGCUCCUUUCUGGAUCUUUGGCCUUGCCGCCAUAAAUAUUGAUGACGAGACAGUGAGGGAGGCCUUGGGGUUUACCGGCAUUGUACUCUGUGUUUUUGGUCUGCUCUAUGGCGGUUUCUGGAGGAUUCAGAUGAGGAAGAGGUUCAAUUUGCCGGCAGAUCAUACUUGCUGUGGGAAACCGGCAAUUGCGGAUUGUGUGAGAUGGCUCUUCUGUUGCUGGUGCUCUCUUGCUCAGGAAGUGAGGACUGCAGAUUUCUACGAUAUCGUUGAAGACAAGUUCUGCAGGAAACAAACUCGAGAUUGCGUACAAGCCACAGUUUCUCAUUUACCUUGUGAAGAUGUAGCUGCUCAGAAGGAAUCUAGCUCAUGUUCUCCAAACCAGAAUAGCUAUGGAGGCUUGCUAGGCAUUGGAAACUUGCAGAGUCCAGGUAGAUAUUCAAAUGACACGUCCAAUUUGGAAAUGCAGCUUGCCGAGCUACUGGAAGAAAGCAAGCUAAUGAAGCCGCCUUCAACUUCAUCAAUGGAAAGGGAAGGCAUGUAGAAAAUGAUACGCAUACAGGCGCGGAGUGAAGAACCCGGUACUGCUUAAAGUCUGCUCUCGACAAAUUUCCCUUCUAAUCCAUAUCUUUCGCAUCCUUCCAUUUUCGAGAGCAGUUUUUUGUAUCCAUUAUCUUGCUAACGCGGCGUAUGGAUGUCAAGAGAUGAUGCUUAAAUGGCUAUGUUACCCCAUUUGAACUUUGAACCGGCCUCCUUAAACUGCGAUAAUAUUUGAAGCGGGAACUUCACUGGACAGUUCUGUGAUCAAUUUGUCCUGAUUUAUCUGU